CCCGCACGGCGCGGGCUAGGAGCCGCCGGUUCCGCUCCGCACUAGCAGCGGAGAAAGGAGGACCUGGGGGAGCGGGAUCCCGGCGCCCGGUCGCUCAGCCUUGUUCAGGCUUAGGCCCGCAUGGAGGGGACUGCGGAGUCCCAGACGCCUGACCUGCGAGACGUGGAGGGCAAGGUGGGCAGGAAGACGCCUGAAGGGCUGCUCCGCGGGCUGCAGCGAGGCGAGUGGGAGCCGGGAACCUCUGGCGCCCUGAUGCUCCCAGGGGCGCCCAGCACGGGCCAUGGCCUGGGGGACAAGAUCAUGGCGCUGAGGAUGGAGCUGGCUUACCUGCGAGCCAUCGAUGUGAAGAUCCUGCAGCAGCUGGUGACCUUGAACGAGGGCAUCGAGGCGGUGCGCUGGCUGUUGGAGGAGCGGGGCACGUUGACCAGCCACUGCAGCAGCCUCACCAGCAGCCAAUAUAGCCUGACAGGCGGGAGCCCAGGCCGUUCAAGGCGAGGCAGCUGGGACAGCCUGCCAGACACCAGCUCCACUGACCGGCUGGACAGUGUCUCCAUCGGCAGCUUCCUGGACACAGUGGCCCCCAGUGAGCUGGAUGAACAGGGCCCCCCUGGGGCUCCCCGUCCUGAGAUGGACCGGGCAAAGGUUAUACCUAGUGGGGAGAGGGCUAGGACUGAGGUGGACCUGACAGCCACAAGGUUAGGGAACUUGAGGGCUGUGUGGAAGCCCCCAGGGGAGGGGCUCCACAGUGCACCUCCUGAGCCACCAGAGGAUGAGAGUGCCAAGCUGGGCUUUGAGGCCCACUGGUACUGGGGGCAGUGCCAGGAUGAUGUGACCUUCCUGUAACAACUUUUCCACCCUUUUGUAUUCCUAUGGCUCUUUCAUCUCUAGGUUCUGGUCUCUCUCAAAAUUUGUUGUCCCUCAAUCUGGGACUGGGAAGAGGUUACCAUGGAAACCUGCCCUCACCAUCCCUCUGGUCCCUGGGGAAGCUCUACCUUUAUCCCUCAAUUAUUGGGUCCCUAAAGCUAUUUCCAUAGAUACAUUGACUCUAGAGGCUUGACCUGCCACUCCUGGUGUGAUGGUAUCUCUUCCUCUUCCUCCUGCAACUAGGUAAGGAUUUGAGGGAUUUCGGACCCCUCGGAGACCGUUGAUGAAGAGAUGGGGGUGUAAUUACCUCACUCAACAUCUAGGACCCUUGGCCCUCCUCUUGGCCAAAAUGGAGGAUUGUGCAGGGACAUGGACGUUCAGGGCUAGCCCUCCAUGGCUUGGCCCUCCCAGAAGCCUUUGGGGUCGGUAGAGCCGUCCCUUCCUGUUGGGGAGUGAUGUCAUUUCCUGCCAGGAUGGGUUAGCCUUCCCCUGUACCAGUCCAUUAGUGGUGACACUUCAGUAUAGCGGUGUCUGAGCCCCUGCUGCUAAGUGAGACUGUACUGUUUAUUCUCCAUACCAUUACUUCUUGUGAGUGGAAACAUGUCACCCCUCCUGGCAGGAAAGUUUUACUCUCAGAUGUUUGUCAGAAGCGUUCUCACUUUUUAAACAGUGUUCUCAUUUUAUCCUAGGGGGUCUUACUUCCUGUAUGGCCACCUCCCUGUCUGGUACCAGCACUCCUAUAUCUGUGCUUGUAGGGAGGGAAACUGGCAGGGGCCUCCACUCAUGGCUCUCAAAAGUCAGUUUGGCCAUCUUACCCUGUUCCUGGGUUGUCCCCAUUCUUGUCUUCUGGCUCCAAAGCUGUCUGCCAGGAGCUUCAGCCUUUGUGUCUCCACACCUUCUCGCUUUCCAUUUCAGGCCUCAGGCCUUUUAUAUGCAGAUGAGUCCCCCAGCCUUCUCUGCCCACUGCUGACGGGAGCUGGAGGGAGGACGGAGAAGCUGGAGGUCUCUCUCAGAGCUCUGAAGGUGUGUCAGUCUCCAAAGAGGGGAGGUGUCUUCUCUCGUCUUGUGUUUCCCUUCCCCCACCCUGCCCCAGACCUUCCACCAUUUGGUCACAGGAUGCCUGCUGGAGGCCGGGACACAAGCAGUCCCCUUGUCUGGGAUACAAUGGAGGGGUGGGGCAGGGAAACACAGAGGCUCUUUGGUCCUAGGACCCAUAUCCUGGGAGGGGGGAGAGAUGAGGGAAAUGCUGCUUUCCUUCCUCCCUCAAAACAAGCCCUAGACCCCUGGGACCUGAGGAGGGAGCAAGGGACUGGUGCUGGUUCUGGGUCCCAGGGCCCUAGUGAAUUACACCAAAGAAGGAAUUCAGGGAAGCUGCCAACCUGGGGCUCAGGGAGGGGACAGGCCUGGGGGCAGGGGCCGGACACAAGGGCUGUGGCUGAUGUCAGGGAAUGAAUGCUUGGAGCUUACCCUUUUGAAUUUCAGGGAACUGCCCAUAUGUUGGUCCCUGUUUUUCCUGGGCCCUGAAACUAGAUUAUUGACAGGCAAAGAGGAGAGAAAAGGGUGUCAGGUGAUCCUUGCCUAUUUGCUGUGCCCUCCUGAGUUGGAGGAGUCUUCCUCAAAUCCUAGAGUAACUCCUGCAGUUUCUCCACUUUUCAUUAUAUGCUGAGGAAGAGAAGGAAGCCAAGUUGAUCAUCUCUGCUUCCCGGAAACUCCUCAAGUCUUCUGCAGCCCCCACCCCAGUCUUUUUUGGGCAAUACGUUCAGUCUGUGGCUCUCCCCUAAAGACCCUCUCUCCUCCUCCCCUCCUUUGAAAGUGAUUGGAAUCUCUAAAGUAUAUUCUUAGUCUCUCCUCCUCUGCCACCCACCAGUGCUCUCCUUACUACCCCUCCUGGUCUUGGGCUCCUGACUUCCCCUCAGGCUGGGAAUUCAAAUACCUUUUUCCGGUCCCUACUCUAUUGCC